CUAUGAUCUCUUAUAAACAAACAUGGCCAACCCGACGGAGGAAGCGGCUUCCUUGGACGAGGGAAAAAAUGAAGCCCACAGCAUGUAUGCGAGCAUGAUGGAGAGUGUCGGUAUUGACAUUAUAGAUGAACCUGAAAGUCUGAAUGAUCCAGAGAUUCAUAAUGGUGGUGCUGCAGGAAACAGAGACAAGACCUUUGAUACAGCAAGGUCAUGUGAGGAGAAUGAUCAGUUAUUUCAGAGGGAGGAAGAUCUUGACAUUCAAGAAGAUGGUCCAGUAAAUGAAGCAAAGACCUCUGAUGAGACCAAGUCAAGCGAAAGUGAUGAGGAAGUUAAGGAAAGGUUGAUCACCAACAGCCUUGGCAAUGUGCUGUCCAUGUUUUUCAGAAAGGGAAAUAGUGGAGCUCCAAAAACUGAAACCUUGCAAGGUCAGUAUAGCCAGAGCAAUACUUCAGGGAAGAGUGGCAACACAGGCACUGAUGAUGUAAAUGAUGGUAUUAACGAGGCUGCUGAUGAUGUAAGCACACCAGUGGAGGAGAAACACAUGAGGGAGGAUAAGGAACAAGUCGAAGAUCAGACAGGAAUGAUGACCAAAACUGAUGAUAGCAUUUUGGAAGAAACUGCAAGUGAUUCCAAUAAUGUAAUUGGCGUGAAAGAAGAAAAUGAUUGCAUGAAGGAUAACUGUCACAGCAUAGCUGACAAAUAUGGAUCCUAUAUUAAAGUCACAUUAUCUGGAUAUUUCCUGUGUGAGGUUUGCUUGUCAGAGAUGAAUGGCUUGCCAUCUUUAGAGCUUCAUGUCAGUGGUAUGAAACAUUUGAAGAACUGAUUUGCCAAGAUGGAAGAAACCUAGCUGUACAGCAAAUGCUAGAACAGAAAAACAGUGAAGAUGUCAAGAGAAAGGAUAACAUGACAAAAACUAGUAACAGAGGUUUGGCAGUAGGGACAGAUACAGAAAUGUAAGUCAAGAAAGAGACAGAUACAGAGAUGCAGAUAUAGUAAAAGGUGGUUACAGAAAUGGAAGAACCUCCCAUACACAGACUCUUCAGAGCCUCCAUAUGACCAAGCAGGAUGCAGUGAUGGUGGCUUUGAUUACCAAGAUCAAACACAGAGGAGAUAUUCCCCUUAUAGAAGAGGUAGUCCAGUGCAUCAGAGUAAUGCCACUUUAUCAUAUGGCAACUACACGUAUUCAAGAAGAGGAGAUUCACCAUACCAAACAACAGAGAACUCAUUUUACCAAAGGAGAAUGAACCUACACCACGGAGGAGAGAGUUCAUAUCAGGAAAGGGGAAGGCUCAGUGACAUUCAGGGUGCUCUUCAGAGUCAGUUUCAGAGACAAGAGCAAAGGGAUUUCCACCACAUAAAUCCUCAGACGCCAAAGGAAGAUGUUCUGCCAGGUGCAGUCGGGCAUUGGCUGAUGCAUCUGGCAUCAUGCAGUAUGGAGAGCAAGGAAGAUGUUGAUAUGGGCUUAAAGAUCAUAAGCCUAUUCCUGAAACCACUCAAGGAAUACAGUUGCAGACUGCAGGAUAUAUCAUCCUCUGAUCUGAUAGCAGCAACAGAGGUAAAUUUGCGAUCACUAAGAGAAUAUAAUCUCUCCAGCAAGCAGACAAUAAUUGACUUUUUAUUGAAAAAUAGUGCACAAUCAACCUUGAGGCAAACACAAAAUGAACAACACUAUGAUUACUAAUAAUUUUUAAGAGAUCAAUAAGAUGCAGGUGUUUCAUAAACAUUUAUAGUUUUUUUUAUUUGUUUUCUUUUUGAAUUUGUUUGUUCUUUUACAUUUACCAAAAUUCAUGUUAAGAAACCCAACUUUUUUUAGGAAAUUGAAUAUUUAGCAUUGAUAUACCUCAGCUUAUGGGAACAUUUUAUCCCAUUUUUUUACUGUAAUUUUUGUUGUUACUAGUUUUUGAAAUGAAGUUUCAAGAUUUCUUAUAUUAUUGUUUUCUUAUAUUGUACUUUAUGUAAGACUGUAAGAUAUACUUUACAAAAAAAAGUUGUACAGGUAGCUGAUGUACUAGUUAUAAAAUUUAAGAGAUCACA